UCUACUCUCUCUCUCACUUUCUCUGACAGUAAAAUUUUCUCUGAAGAAAGUUCGAGAAAAUUUCGGAUUCUCGGAGAAGUUGGGAAGGAACCAAUGGAGAGAGUAAAAUUUCGAAAAUCGUUUUAGAUUUCUCGUUUCGUCGCCAUCGUACCUGAAUUGCCUUUCCGAUUUUCGCUUCUCCAGGGAAGGGUUGCAAGUUAUCAGCAAUACGAGGAGUGACAUAAACCCUAAUUUUGGCGGACGAAAGAAAGAAAACCACUGAUCUAACAUAAACCCUAAUUCUCAUGAAGGAAGCCAUUGAAGGCGUGACAUAAGUCCUAAUUUGGCCGAACGGAUCUUGGGAUAUCUUUAGGGUUCUAGUUUGGUUCUGAUCAAACUUUAGGAAGAAGAAAAUCGUAUUAUAUGCGUUAGGUGAUAAUUCUUGGGUAUUAGAGGCUUUUUCGGAUAUCGACUGAUUUUGGAGUAUUGGUAUGCAAAAAGAAAAAGAAAAAAAAAGAAAAAAGAAAAAAAAGAGAGUGAGAAUGUAAAGGAAUAUUUCUUUUGGUUUUAGGCUCUCUUACCUAUUAAAUGGGUCUUCUCAUGAGUACACGAGUUGUUUUUGAUGAGUUUUAGGGUUACAGCUUCUAUGUGACACACAUCAAAGGGGAUUUUGAUUCUGUCAGAUAAACAAUGUCGAUUGCCAGUGUAGCACUUAGUCCAGUGUUGGAAGAGUCUUUAAGUUUCCCAGGUACUUUCACCGGCUGGCACGGCCCUCGUUUAAGUGUCUCAAUCUUGAUUUUUCUCACUGUUUCUGGGUCUGUGAUUCCCAUGCAUGUUAUGGAGUCGGAUUCGAUUGCUUCAGUGAAGCUGAGAAUCCAGACCUGCAAGGGAUUUUUUGUGAAGAACCAGAAACUGGUUUUUGAAGGGAGGGAAUUGGCUCGGAAUAAUUCUCGUGUUGGUGACUAUGGGUUAACUGAUGGGAAUAUAUUGCAUUUGGUGCUAAGACUCUCAGAUCUCCAAGCUAUUACGGUUAGGACUGUAUGUGGGAAGGAGUUUGAGUUCCAUAUUGAGAGGAAUAGAAACGUGGGUUAUGUGAAGCAGCAGAUUUCUAAGAAAGGGAAGGGGUUUUUUGAUCUCAAGGAUCAAGAACUGAUAUGUGAUGGUGAAGAGCUGGAAGAUCAGAGAUUGAUUAAUGAAAUAUGCAAAGAUAAUGAUGCUGUGAUUCACUUGCUGGUUAGGAAAUCUGCCAAAGUAAGUGCUAAACCUGUUGAGAAAUAUUUAGAAGUGUCUAUUGAAGCACGAAAUCUUAAUGAGAAGGGUUCUGGUGUAGGAGAAUACCAGUGGAGGACGCUGUCUGUGGGACAUCCGGUCAUAGAGAGGAAGCAAUUGCGAAGAAGUUUUAUUUUAGAACCUGUAAUUGUUGAUGCUAAGAUUGAGCUGCCAUUAGUAGUUAGAGAGCUUAUUAACUCUACUUUUGAUGGGUUAGAGAGGGGCCAUGAGCCAAUUCAGUCUUCAGAGGGAUCGGGAGGGGCUUAUUUCAUGCAGGAUUCAUCCGGUAUGAAGUAUGUUUCUGUUUUUAAGCCAAUUGAUGAGGAGCCGAUGGCUGUGAAUAACCCUCGGGGGCUACCCUUGUCACUUGAUGGUGAAGGCUUGAAGAAGGGGACACGAGUAGGAGAAGGUGCAUUGAGGGAAGUUGCAGCGUACAUUUUGGAUUAUCCAAGGAGUGGGACUCGCUCAUUUUAUGAUGAGGAGAAAGGCUUUGCUGGGGUUUCCCCCACGGUUAUGGUCAAGUGCUUGCACAGAGGAUUCAAUCAUCCUGAAGGUUAUGAAUGUGUGUCCAAGAAUGUUAAGAUUGGGUCGCUGCAGAUGUUUGUGAAGAAUAAUGGAAGUUGUGAGGAUAUGGGCCCUCAUGCUUUCCCAGUGCAUGAGGUACACAAGAUAUCGGUGUUGGACAUAAGGUUGGCAAAUGCAGAUAGGCAUGCUGGGAAUAUAUUGAUUAGCAAAGACAGUGAAGAUGGUCAGAUUGUGCUUAUUCCCAUUGAUCAUGGCUACUGCUUGCCUGAGAAUUUCGAAGAUUGCACAUUUGACUGGCUCUACUGGCCUCAAGCUCAAGAACCGUACUCCACUGAUACAAUUGAUUACAUCAAAUUGCUAGAUGCUGAACAAGAUAUUGAACUUCUGAAGUUCCAUGGGUGGGACAUACCGCCUGAAUGUGCCCGCACCCUUCGCAUUUCUACCAUGCUUCUGAAAAAGGGUGCAGAGAGAGGACUCACUCCCUUUGCCAUUGGAAGCAUCAUGUGCAGAGAAACCCUAAAGGACUCUGUGAUUGAGCAGAUCGUACAAGAAGCACAAGAAGCCGCACUCCCAGGUACAAGCGAAGCUGCAUUUCUUGAAUGUGUGUCGAUGAUCAUGGAUCGUCACCUUGAUGAACUUGUUACUACAUAGUGAAUGUUUAGGUAUAUCAUAAAUGUGCAUAUAUGUGUGUAAGAAGAGUGAUAGCGGGUCCACUCUAUCUUUUCACGGACUGCCCGUUUCAUGUACUGUUUCCUUGUUACCGGAACUCUUUUCCCCCGUCCUGUUUUGUUCAUAGAUCUACAGGCUAGUUCAGCAAUAACCCCCCCUUUCUUUCCUUGUGUGUAUUUCUCCUCUUGUACCCAAAAAAUAUAUUCAAACAUUGACCAAAAAGAAUUAAUACUGGGAUGUCUUAUCUCAAUGUUAUCGUACUUAUGUAAAAUAUCAUUAAAAAAAAAAUCAUGGUUAGUUUCA